UUUUUUUUUGUAGAGUAAUUAUUUUACUUGUCAUUGCGAAUUGCGACUACUGUUGUUUUGAAAAUAAAAAAUAAAAAUUAAUGACCUGUAGGAUUUUUCUAGCGGUGUCUAAGAUUGUCACAAAUGAAUAAAUACAAUUUUUAAAUUUUUACGGCUGCUGGUAUUUAUACCGUUAUGAGACCUGGAAGACUUCAUGAUCAAGAGCUACACACUCAAAAUAAAUACGAGACAAAUCAUUGCUGAAAAAACACCAAGGUCAUCAUGGGUCGAACAGGAUACACGUGCAUUAGGCACGUAUUUUGUUCACUUCAUGUAUUAAUCUGGCUAUGUGCAUGUGGUGUCCUUGGUGCUGGUCUUUGGUUACGUCUUGCAUACUCUGGUUAUGCCUCAUUAGUACCAAAAUAUAGUUUCGCAUCAGCAGAUACAAUACUACUAGCUGGUGGUUGUCUAACAUUUAUUAUAACAUUUUUUGGAUGUUGUGGAGCAUGGUUUCAAUCAAGAUUUAUGCUGAUAACAUAUUUCAGUUUGGUGAUAAUGAUGUUCUUAGCUGAGUUCAUGAUGGGUGCAUUGGCAUUUGUUUUUAGAGAACACUUAACAAGAAGUCUCAAGGAAGAAUUGCUCUUUGGCAUUCAAAGCCAUUAUAACAUCACGAGAGAACCAGGCACAUUACCAGCCGUCUGGGAUAGUAUUCAUCGUGAGUUUCACUGCUGUGGUGUCAGAGACUACACUGACUGGUUUCAAAUAUCAGCAUGGCCAAAUGAUGAUCGAGUACCUGAUUCAUGCUGUAUCAAACGUGAAAGAUACUGUGGACGUCUUGAUCCAGAUGGACAUAAUAAAGAAUUAUGGUACAAGGAUGGAUGUGCACAAGCAAUACAAAUUUGGUUUGUAACACGACUUCAUAUUGUUGGUAGUGUUGGUUUAGGUGUUGGAUUUUUACAAUUAUUUGGUCUUGUUGCUAGUAUGAUAUUAUUUUGUACAGUUAAACACAAAAGAUCAUCACACACUUAUAAAAGUUAUGAUACAACAACGACAUAGGAACACGCGUGGAUCCCAGCAUAUGGGAUCCACGAUAGUUCAAUUAUUCAAGAAACAAUUACUUGAUUUUUUUUAAUUUAAAUAAAACGAAAUAACGAAUAAAUAUUUUAUCAAUUUUUUAAAAAUAUAACUCGAUGAAUUUUUCAGAGUAAUAAUUUUUAUAUUAAUAUGAUAAUUGAUUUAUCAAUUUAAUGAAUUUAGUAUGUAAUAUUUAAAAUAUCAACUGCAUGAUUUUUAUUAUUAUAAAUAUUUAAAUUUAUUAUUUUUAAGUAGAUAAAUUUUAAUUUAAUAUAUAUUUUUUUCUUUUAGACUUUUUAAAUCUUUUGCAAUAUUUAAAAUAUUUUUUUUUUGACAACGUCAAGUUAAUCCAAAGUUGAAUUUAAAAAGCCAUUAUAUUUCCUUGUAAAUGUAAUUAAAUAAUUUAAGUAAUAAAUUAAAAUGUAUGAAUGAAUACUAUUAAUCUUAGUGAAAAUAAAAAUAGAAUAAGGAAAGACGUAAAAAAAAAAAUAAUAUAAUAAAUGAUAAUGACCACAGUAAUAUAUAUUAAAAAAAAAAAAAAAAUGUAUUUAUUACAAUCAACAGACUACUUUGUUAAUGUAGUUUUUAUUAUUUAAUAACAAUAAAAUAUUUUUAUUCUAA